AUAUAACCUGUAUAUAUCACGAGCGAUGGCGAUGUCACACUACGUAAGGUUAAUCCCGACCGAUUCGAUGCGUGACUUACAUCGUAGAACAAUAUUAUUUGACUGGCAAAUCUCAUUAUGUCCUCGACAGCUAAAAUGGAUAUUUCUAAAUCUACAUUGCUGUUUGAUAUCAUAAACAUUUUGUCAUCCUUGCAGAUGCAAUAAUUAUACUGUACGAUGAAGACCAAGUCUUGGUCAUGUCAACGCUUAUUGAAAUUAACGACAGUUUAUAUUCGUUUGACGAGGACACUCGUGUUCCCGAUACAAUCGAGCGAAUUGAGGAAUCGAAAGUCACGUAUAAUGAUUUCUUCUCGAAAUAUCUAAUAUGUAAUAAACCAUGUAUUAUUAAUUCCCGAGCAACUGAAAAUUGGCCGUGCAGACGCGACUGGGUUUUGAACGGUGCACCGAAUUUUGAAGUACUUUGUACAUUGUUCGGAGAUACCGUUGUCCCGGUUGCCGAUUGUAAUAGAAAAUUUUACAACUCGCAAUUCAAAGAUGACAUGCCCAUGAAAAGUUAUUUGAAAUAUUGGAUUGAUUAUAAGCAAAACAGUUAUGCGAAAUCGAUGCCGUUAUUAUAUCUAAAAGAUUGGCACUGCGUGAAAAAUUUUCCCGAUAUUCCGAUUUAUGAAGUACCUCGGUAUUUUGUAUCCGAUUGGUUAAACGAAUAUUAUAUCGCUCAUCCUAAACUAAAUGAUGAUUAUAUGUUUAUAUAUAUGGGGCCAAAAGAAACAUGGACUCCUUUACAUGCAGAUGUUUUUACAUCAUAUAGCUGGUCUGCAAAUAUAGUUGGAAGAAAGAGAUGGCUAAUUUUUCCUCCGCAUGAGGAAGAUCAUCUUCGUGAUCUUUAUGGACAAUUAGCAUAUGAUGCAGUUUCGGAGGAUCUUAAUGAUCAUACAAAAUACAAAACAUAUGAUAGUAAAAAGUUGAAAUGUUUUGAUAUAAUUCAAGAAGCAGGAGAGAUUAUAUUUGUACCAUCAGGGUGGCAUCAUCAAGUUUGGAAUUUGGAAGAUACAAUUUCCAUUAAUCAUAAUUGGAUUAAUGGUUGCAAUAUAGGCAAUGUAUGGCAUGCAUUAAAAAAGGAGUUAAGAUCUGUUAUGAAAGAAGUCGAUGAUUGCAAGGACAUGAAGAAUUGGAAUGAACAUUGCCAAUUGAUGCUUAAGACCUCUUACGGCAUGGAUUAUAAACAAUUCUUUGAGUUUAUAUCAUUUAUUGCUAAGAAUCGUUUACAUGCUAUAUUAAAGAAAGAUCAAGUUAUCAGUUUUCGCAAAUAUUUUUUUGGAUAUAAUCAUUGUUUAUUUGAUUUGCGAGUACUGAAAAAUGUAUUGGACGAUAUUAUCACAGACGCGCAAGAUCUGUCUGUGUACAAUUUGAUGUGUGAAAAUGAUGAAGCACGGCUUUUAUUAAAAACUAUUACUUCAUUUCUCAAAUCAUCUUGUAACAUCGAAAAUGUAACUUUUCCAUGAUCGCGCAAAACAAAAUUCAAUGGUUAACAAAUUAAACAAAUUUGUUAACAGAGGCAAAUUGUGAUUUUUGUUUUCAUAUAUAGCACUUUUACUUGGUUAUGAAAAACCAUGUCAUAUUCUUGUGUCUAAAAUUUUAUAAAUUUCCUCCCUUAACUUUAUUUAAAUUUUCUCUUAGAAGAUAACAUUUUGCAGGAUCAUAUUUUAAGAUUAUCUUUGUACAAUAAGCAAGUUACAUUAGACACAUUAUCUAUUUAUCCAUAAAUAAAAUGCAUCAGAGAAGAUGAAAAAAGUCCUCAAUUUUUUGAAAAAAUUAUUAAUAUUUUUGCUAUAUGAAACAUAUAGCAAAAAACAAUGAUCUUAUAUUCUAUGAUGUAUAUAUGAUAAAUAGAAACUCUAGAAGCUCUGGUGUAUUUUCAUAUGUGAGCGAAAUUAUCUCUUAUCUAAAGUAUAAUUAAACAAAAAUAUUUUUUUCCUUACUUGAAUAUAUAUACUACACAUUCUCUACAUUUAUUUAUAAAGAUUUACAAUAAAAAAUUCCUAUUUGAAUUCUCUCUGCUAAGCUAUAAGUGCAUCCUAAUCAUGGAUACAUCAUCCCUGCUGCUUGUAAAACAAUAGUAUCUUGCAAAACAUAACUUAUAUUUAGCUUUCACGCGUAUUGUCUUAUUCACUAUCAAUUAUAUAAGCAUAAAUAUUCUUAUAUAUAUAUUUUUUUAUAUAUGUUAAAAUAAUUGUACAUGCGCAUGGACAUAUAUGCACUUAUAUGUAUUUGUGUAUGUAUGUGUACAGACCCAAAUAUAUACCCAUUCGGCAUAUAAUAUUUCUGAUACAUUGCUGCAAUGUAUGAAAUAUUGCAGCAAUAUGUCAGAAAGUAUCAAAUGUUACAUGCCGGGUGGGUAGCAUACAUGUACAUUGGCAUAUAUAUUUGCAAUAAAAAAUAUAUAAAAUUUAUAAGAUGCAAGUAUAAAUUUUUCUUCAAAAAGUGCCUGAUGUGAUUGAAACUAGACAUAUUUUUCUAAUCAAAUUGUUUAGUAAUGUAUAUAUGUGUGUAUAUAUAUAAUUUUUUUUCCCGAUGUAUUAUUUACGAGUGUGCGUCUAGAGAGCCCUGUUAUUCCAUGUGUACCCCAUAUCUAAGUUUGCAUCCUGUUUUUUUUUUCUUUUUAUGUAAUCUAUUCUUUCGAUAUAUACUAUAUCUAAUACAGAUAUGCUUGAUAUGGAAAGGAUUGCAAAAAUUCAUCUCAUAUCUUUAACAUAAGUAUUCUGUCACUUUUUAGUUUGUAAAAUCUUUCUAAAAAAUCUUUACAGUGGAAUAAGUUAAAUGUAAAAAAAGAAAAGAAGAUAAAUAAUACAAGAAACUAUAGAAAGAGAAUGUUAAGUAUAUCUCUUUUAUAUAAUAUCCGUGUAUACAUAUUGAUCCAUAAAAAAUAUGUACUUUUUCUUGCAGAGAGUUUAAUUUAUACAUUCCUUUCCUCACUGAUUUGUAGCUACUUACAAACUGAUAUAAAAUAUUGCACCAACAAAGAGCUAUUUAAAAUGAGAUACACAGUUAGCUCUUUUUUCCAUGAUCCCUGAUACUAAAGAAGAAGAUUGUCAUGGUUAAAAAUAUGAUAACUUUUUCGCUCACACUUUUCUGAUAAAAAAUUUUCUCCGCGAUUACACAAGUAAGCAGAUACAGACGAUUACAAACAAUACAUACAUUCUAUCAUUUACAUACAUUCGCAUAUAUACACAUUUACCUCUCUGUACACACAAUAAACACACAUAUUUAUUCUCGUAAAUUUUUCUGAUAUAUCCAAUAGUAUCAAUUUUCAUCUUGCAUAGCAAGUAUAUCUAAUAUUUAGGAAGCAUCACACAUAUCACAAAGUCUAACACAUUGAUCAAUAACAAUUAACCACUACUGCAAAGUUUAGACUUUCUGCAAUGUGUGCUUAUGUAUUUGUCAUAUAAGUAUUUGCAUAAGUAAAUCUUUUAUAUCGCUAUUUGAAUUGUAUAUGUACCUCAGUGUAUUUUUUUAUAAUUUUAAUUUUAGCGUUUAUUAACAAAGUAAACAAUGAAAUCUUAUUCUCCUGUCUUAAAGAGAAAAAAGGCCGAAUAAUCAAUGAUCAAUUAUCGAUGAAAAAAUGUCUACAAGAUCAUUUUAAAAUGUAAAUGAUAUUCACAUCGUGGGGUUUUAUCAUCAACACAUAAAGUGUCGCUAGUUAUAAAAUAACGUUUAUAUAGAUUGUUCCUCUAUAUAUUACGUUUGUUUAAUUUUUCUCUGAAUAUAUAACCACCUAACAUUUUUUUCAUUUUUACAUCUUAUCUUUC